AUGGGUCAGUCGCAUUCCAAGGGCAACUCCGGCCCUGGAGACUCAUUGCAGUCUUACCCUUCCUUCUCUCGCUCCGAUACCAAGGAGUCCAUCCGAUCUCUUCGAGGCUCCAUUCGCUCCAAGAUCCGCAACAAUGAUAGCCCUCGUGGAUCCACUUCAGCCCUUUCUCGAACGGAAAGCCAGACAGACAAGUCAGACGCCGGGUCGGUCAGGUCGGUCGGCAGUCGGCGCAGUUCCACAAACCUGAGCACUCAAUCCCCGGCUGCAGACGACUCCGCCACUGGACUCGACGCACCGGAACCUCCUCCCUCCCCUUCGUUGUCGAACAGCUUGAAAAGAGGCCAUAAAGAUGUGAAUGCCAUGCAGCAGAGCGGUGAGGUCGACCAUGUCUCCGAUGCUCCCCCGACCGCCGGUGCUGCCCCCACCGGAUCCUCGCAGGCUGUUGGCGAAUCCAUUUUGAUCAAACGGGAGGGUCAACUGAAUCCCAUCCUGGACUUCAUCAUGAACACGCCGCUGGAGGCAGCCUCCUCGCCCGGGAUGGGAAUGGGUGCACUCAAGUCCAUUGACCUGGAUGACAUGAUCACUCGUCUUCUCGAUGCCGGCUAUUCGACCAAGGUCACCAAGACUGUUUGCCUCAAGAAUGCAGAGAUCACGGCCAUCUGUACCGCGGCUCGGGAGCUUUUCCUGAAGCAGCCUGCCUUGUUGGAGCUGUCGGCACCCGUCAAAAUCGUUGGAGACGUACAUGGCCAGUACACCGACCUUAUCCGGCUGUUCGAGAUGUGUGGAUUCCCGCCCACAUCCAACUACCUUUUCUUGGGCGAUUAUGUAGAUCGUGGCAAGCAGAGCUUGGAGACCAUCCUCCUCCUUCUUUGCUAUAAGCUCAAAUACCCCGAAAACUUCUUCCUCCUCCGCGGCAACCACGAGUGCGCCAACGUGACCCGAGUGUACGGUUUCUAUGACGAGUGUAAGCGGCGUUGCAACAUCAAGGUGUGGAAGACCUUCAUCGAUACCUUCAACUGUCUACCCAUUGCGUCCAUCGUAGCUGGCAAAAUCUUCUGCGUUCAUGGCGGACUUUCCCCAAGUCUCUCGCACAUGGAUGAUAUCCGUGGCAUUGCCCGUCCAACGGAUGUGCCCGAUUACGGCUUGCUGAACGAUCUUCUCUGGAGUGAUCCUGCCGACAUGGAGGAAGACUGGGAACCAAACGAGCGUGGAGUAAGCUAUUGCUUUGGAAAGCAAGUCAUCAUGAAUUUCUUGCAACGGCAUGAUUUCGAUUUGGUGUGUCGAGCGCAUAUGGUGGUCGAAGACGGCUAUGAGUUUUACCAGGACCGAGUCUUGGUGACGGUGUUUUCUGCGCCUAACUACUGCGGUGAAUUCGAUAAUUGGGGCGCUAUCAUGUCGGUUUCGGGCGAGUUGUUGUGUAGUUUCGAGUUGCUUAAACCGUUGGAUUCUACGGCCCUAAAGAACCAUAUUAAGAAGGGACGUAAUAAGCGCAACAGCAUGUUGAGCAGUCCUCUCCUCCUGGGAACUGUCCGGUUAACACGCAUCGUUCAGGUCCCAGAGGAUUCUGGACUGCGAUGCAGCGAUGCCGACAUUUCCAAUCAGAAGUCGCUUUGCUUGCCAGAGACAACAAGGCUUGACAGAUACGGCAAGUGGCAGGUCCGUCGUCUUGUCCGUAACUAUCAAGAGGCCUAUGAAUAA